AAUAAACGAUACGAAUAAACUUAUUUUUCGUAUGAUCUUAUGGUUAAACCCAUGGAUUGGUCAAUUUCGCCAAAGUAAUAAUUGUGGAACAAGUUGAACGAAACACCAGGAAGACUAAAAAAUCAGGAAUUUCAUUUAUUAACUAGAGUUCUAUAGAAAUGAUAAAGGUCAAAGCUUUUUCCGUUUCUAACAGACAAAAGUUUGAACGGAAGACAUAAAAAUGGAUCAAGGCACUGAGGUACUCAGCAAUCAUUCCUCAUCCGGCAAGCUGACGCACACCUGUGACGUAUGCGGUAAAAGUUUUCUUGGGAACAGCCACCUGACGCACCACAAGCGCAUUCACACGGGCGAAAGACCCUUUAAGUGUGAUUACUGUGGGAAAAAUUUUGUCAAGAAUUCGGACCUCAAAAUUCAUAUCCGAUUACACACCGGCGAACGGCCAUACAAGUGCGAUCUUUGCGGUGAGGGAUUCCGAAGAAAUUAUCAAUUAACUCAUCACACAAGUGUUCACACCAAUUUGAAGCCGCACAAAUGUGACGUGUGUGGCAAAGAAUUUAUAAAAAAUGGAAGCCUUACACUGCACAAACGAAUUCAUUCGAAUGAAAAACAGUUCGAAUGUGAUUUUUGCGGUAAAUACUUCAUAACCCGAGGUAACCUGGCACAUCAUAGACGCAUCCACACCGGAGAACGUCCGUUUAAAUGUGACCUCUGUGACAAAUCGUUCACUGGCAGUAGUUGCUUGAAAAAGCACCGACAAAUUCACACGGGUGAAAAAUCGUACAAAUGUGACGAGUGUGGCAAAGAAUUCAUACUGAGUGGAAGUUUGAAAAAACACUUGCGCAUUCAUACUGGAGAACGACCGUACAAAUGUGAUUUCUGUGAAAAAACGUUCACCAACACCAGCAACCUCACACAUCACGUACGAAUACAUACCGGUUAUAAACCUUACAAAUGUGACUUCUGCGACAAGGAGUUCAUCGCCAGUACAACAAUGAAGAAUCAUCGGCGCACCCACACCGGCGAAAAGGCUCACCGAUGCACCGUGUGCGACCGGGAGUUCAUUACAAGCAGUAAUCUAGCGCAGCAUAUGUACACUCAUACCGGUGAACGUCCACAUAAAUGUGACGUGUGUGGCAAAGGAUUCAACCGGAGCAACCAGCUUGGUCAACACCUGAUGCGAGCUCACCAACAGCAGAUAAACUAGAUACCACGAAUACUUGAAAUACAAGUACUGUUUGAUAUGGAUUUAAAAUAUUUUGCCUUUCUCUAUAGAAAGGUGCUGGAAUUGCUGGAAAAUCCAACUUUCGAAAGGAGCCUCGGAGACCCAUAGUGUUAUAUACCAUUCGACUCAGUUCGACGAGAUCGGAGAAUGUCUAGAUGGCUGAACCGAUUUUAACAAACUUGGGCUCGUUUGAAAGCUACUGUCGGGCAAUUGAUCAAGCUCAAAGAUCAAAUGGCUGUGACUUUUGGUUCCGGAGAUAUGAUUGUAUAAGUGACGCAACCGACAAAAAGCGUUGUAUUUUUACCGCUCUUAUAUAAGAGGUGCCAAUAUUUUGUGAUCACCUUUAAUUUCGUAAAGCGCUAGUGCUCAAAAGUUUAAGCACCUCGGAAAAUGUACUCAUGCAAAAUUUGAGCUAAAUCGGACAUGCGUAAGGGGUGCUACCCGGCUGUUAAGAUUUGAAAAUUUUUGAUCUUGAAAAAGCACCAUAGGGGGGGGAGUACAUGAAAUUUCCAAUUUUUUUGAUUUCGGAACUCUUAAAACUGCAUGAAACGUCGAGAUUUAGUGUCAUCUCAGAAUUUUUUUUUUUUAAAUCAACUGUCUGGGACUUUUUGAUCCCAAAAAGUCGAUUUAAAAAAAAAUUUCGAGAUGACACUAAAUCUCGACGUUUCAUGCAAUUCUCAGCCGUUAAUUUUUUUUUUUCGAUUUCGGAAAUUUCAUGUACCGACCACUGAUAUUUAUUUUAAUUAUUAAUAAAAUAUCUACCUACUUAUAACUAUCCCUAACUUAAUACGUACAAAAUUUUGAAUUAUUUGUAUUACAGAUAUUGAGCACCUCUCUUCAAAUUUCGUGCAGUAUUGUUCGAAUUUUCGUUCUAGUAUAUCCAGGGAGGCCAUCUCAUGUACUUCACUAGUUCUUGUCCAAGGGGGUAGAUUUAGAAUCAUCUUUAAGAUCUUACUUUGAAUGCGCUGAAGCCUAAGUUUGUGUGUUCGUGCACAGCCCCGCCAAACAGGGACUGCGUAUUCAAUUGCGGGGUAGAUGAUUUGUUUAUAGACAGCCAUCUGAUUCUUCAGGCAUAGUUUAGAUGUUCUACAAAUCAGCGGAUACAGAGACCUAAUGAGUAUGCUGCAUUUUUGAACGAUUUUGUCAACAUGUGACCUGAAUAUCAGAUGUCUGUCAAAGGUGAGUCCUAGAUAGAGAACUUCAUCGGACCAUUGAAUGACCUCAUCACCGAAUCGUAUUCUGCAUUCGUCUGAUGGAACAAGUUUUGGAGAUCUUGAAUGUGGAAACAAGAUGACCUGAGUUUUUGCUGCAUUGAUCACAAUUUUCCAGCUUGUAAAAUAUUCAGUUAG